GGAGUACACAUCGUAGUCUAUGUAUCAAGUAAUACGAAUAGCUGUUCAUAUUAAUGUGUGAAGGGUUAUAGCUGAGAAUCGUGAAAUGGAUCUAAUCAGACUGGUUCGAUAAGACAUUGGAUUAUUUUAUUUGUGUAAAAGAAGGCGUUAAUAUUUUUCGCUUCACAAUGGGAGGACGAGGACAAAGGCGCCGAGUGAACUGCUGCUGGUUUGCCGGGAUUUUGUUGCUGUGCUUUGGGGAACGGAUUUUUGCUCAGCUAAGAUACUCUGUUCCAGAAGAGGUACAAGUGGGAUCUCCUGUCGGAAACGUUGCCAAGGAUUUAGGGCUCGAUGUUAGCACUUUGACGGACAGGCGGUUUCGUAUUGUUUCGGGGCCCAACCAUGCUCUGUUCCAGUUGAAUCAAAACAAUGGAGUGCUGUAUAUUGGGAAAAUCAUGGACCGAGAGGAGCUCUGUGAUGGGAUCAAGGUUUGUUUGAUAAACCUGAAAAUUGUUGUAGAAAACCCGCUGGAAAUACACUACGUAGGGGUUGAAAUAACGGAUGUAAAUGAUCAUUCACCGACUUUUCCGGAGAGCGAGCAGCGACUGGAAAUAGCAGAGAAUACACCUCCAAGUACUCGUUUCCAGAUUCAUGCAGCUAGAGACCCUGAUGUCGGUACACAGUCUGUCCGAUUAUAUAAGCUGAGACCAGCUGAUUUCUUUGAUAUUGAAACCAGAGACAGUGAAGAGGAUAAGAUACCAUUUUUAGUACUGAAAAAGCCUUUGGACAGGGAGCAAAAGGCAGAGCACCGUUUAGUGUUAACAGCUAUCGAUGGGGGCAUACCGUCAAAAUCGGGCAGCCUAAAUCUAACUAUCACAGUGCUAGAUGCAAAUGAUAAUCGCCCUGUGUUCAGUAAAGAUAUAUACACAGUGUCAUUAGAUGAAAAUGCCCCGAUAGGAACUCUUGUAAUACAGAUAAACGCUACAGAUUUAGACGAAGGUUCUAACAGCGAAAUUGAAUACAUGUUUGGAAAAACACAGAAGAAAAAGGUGCAUGACACAUUUGAAUUAGACAGCGUCACUGGUGAGAUACGAGUAAAAGGAAAGGUGGACUUUGAGGAAGCAGAAAUGUAUAGACUGGAUAUGCAGGCUUCAGAUAAAGGACAGCCACCUUGGACGGCUGAAAGUAGAGUUGUGAUAAAAAUAAAAGAUGUGAACGAUAAUCAGCCAGACAUUGAAGUAACAUCACUGUCCAAUGUAGUGCCCGAGGAUUCAAAGCCUGGUACUGUUAUCUCUCUCAUCAGUGUUACUGACAGAGAUUCAGGGGUUAAUGGGAAAGUGAUUUGUAAAAUCUUAGAUAAUGUUCCGUUUGAUUUGACGCCAUCCAUUGAGGAAAACAUGUACUCUCUCGUCACAAAGGGGCGUUUAGACAGAGAAAUUGUGUCCAAUUAUGACAUCACAAUAACAGCUACUGACUGUGGUGAACCUGCACUUUCCACUGUAAAAGCCCUGAGUGUUCAGGUGUCAGAUGUAAAUGACAACAGGCCACUUUUCAGUCAGAAUCCAUUUGAGCUUUAUCUGGUAGAAAACAAUGCCCCGGGCGCAUCGAUAUUUUCUGUCAGUGCUUCUGAUAAUGAUCAGAAUGAAAAUGCAGCAAUAACAUAUCACAUUGUGAGAGGUGACGGACUGCAUCGUGAUAUGACAUCUUUUCUGAAUGUCAAUUCAGACACGGGGCAAAUAUCUGCGCUAAAAAGUUUCGACUUUGAAACAGUGAAAACUUUACAGUUCCAAGUUGUCGCCACAGAUUCAGGAACUCCGUCACUAAGCAACAACGUGACAGUGAACGUGUUCAUUCUGGAUCAGAACGACAACGCUCCAGUCAUCCUGUAUCCAGUCAGCUCCAACGGUUCUGCUGAAGGUGUGGAGGAGAUUCCCCGCAAUGUCAACGCAGGACACUUGGUGACUAAAGUCAGAGCCUAUGACGCUGAUAUAGGAUAUAACGGCUGGUUACUCUUUUCACUGCAGGAAGUCACUGACCACAGUCUCUUUGCUUUGGACCGCUAUACAGGACAGAUCAGAACACUUCGCUCAUUCACAGAGACAGACGAGGCUGAGCAUAAACUGCUCAUACUGGUCAAAGACAAUGGCAACGUUUCACUCUCAGCAACAGCUACUGUCAUUGUCAAACUUGUGGAGCCCAGAGAGGCUUUUGCAGCUUCUGAUGUUAAAAGUGCAACUAAAGUUGACGAGGAGGACAAUGUGACAUUUUACCUCAUGAUAACUUUGGGCUCAGUUUCUCUACUUUUUAUCAUCAGUAUCAUCGUGCUGAUUGCAAUGCAGUGCUCCAAAUCCACAGACUAUACAUCCAAAUAUCUCCAAGAGGCUAAUUAUGAUGGGACACUGUGUCACAGCAUCCAGUACAGAUCUGGAGACAAACGCUACAUGUUAGUUGGACCCAGGAUGAGUAUAGGAUCUACUAUAGUCCCUGGCAGCCAUGCCAACACACUAGUGCUCCCUGACAGGAGGAGGGGAUCUGGAGAGCUAUACCAACAUGACGCGGCGCUGUCCGUGGUGCUGACUGUCACCUUGGUCACUGCAGUGAUCUUCACGUGA